GAUUGGACUCUUCGCAGGAUUCCAUGCCGUGCUCGCUCUGCUUUCGGUAGAAGAAUCACAUGAGCAAUCGAGCCCCCACCUCGAUCGGUCAUCUGGAAGAGCCAGCGGAACUACAACGUCGUGCACUCCAUCAAGCAUCGGAAGCGAGUUUCCUCUCAGAGUCUCCUCUCCUCCAGGCGGCAACAUCAGCAUAAGAGAUUAAGAGAGAAAGAGUAAGAGUAAACAAAGCCGAAUCUCUGCUAUUUCCAUCCCGAGUGCUGAUCACGUUUCUUCUUCAAUCUAUUGAUCGUUUGUAUCCCUCAAUCCCUCGAUAUAAGGAAAAACAACCAUGGAUCCGUAUCAGCAACAAUCGCAGCAAUCGCAACAGGGACACAUGAUGGGGGGCGACUCUCGCGCCCGAGUCAUGUUCAACAAGGCUCACAGUGUGUGGAUGGGAGAUGUCGAACCAUUCAUGAACGAAGAAUUCAUUCGAAACCAAUUCACCGAGCUCGGCUUGAAGGUCAUCAACGUUCGGAUCAUGCACUCGAACAAGUUUCAGGAUCAAAAUCUGACCUAUGCUUUUAUUGAGCUCGAGGAUGAAAGGACCGCCAUAAGGACCGUGCAGCGGUACAACGACAAACCCUUGCCCGGGGACCCACGUCGGAAGUUCAAGUUGAAUUUCACGUGUCAGUCACAAAUUAAACAAGCCCAAGACGAGAAUGGGCUGUUCGUCGGAGAACUCAGUCCCGACGUCGAUGACCUUAUGCUGUGGUCCACGUUCCAGGAACGUUAUCCCAGCGUCAAGUGGGCGAAGGUGAUCAAGGACCACAACGGCAUCAGCAAGGGGUUCGGUUUCGUCAAGUUCAAUCAUGAUGAAGAAUACAAUAAGGCUCUCUACGAGAUGAACGGUUACACUGGGCUAGGCAGCAACGCCAUCCGUGUUUCAGUAGCUACGCCCAAGGAAAGGCGAAACCCCCAGUCACAGUGGCACUCAAACCCAAAUAACCCGAUGGUCGCCCAUCAUCAGCAGCACAUGCAGUACUUCAACCAAGCGACUGCGGGAUUCCAAUCUCAGAGCGAUUACUACAACUACUAUUAUCCUCAAGGAGGAUCUUAUUACGCGCCCCAGCAGUACUACGAGCAACAAAUGCGGCAACGCCAGGAGAAGGGUGACGGCCGCAAUCCUGACCUCGAGGACCAAGGUGAGCACUUCUACCCUGCCUUGAGAGACAGACUCGUCAGCUCCGACCUACAGGGCGAACUAGAAGCCGCCUACUACAGCGACGUGCCUCUCAUCGUUAAAUGAAUCUAUCACGUAGCAGAAUCGCUCCGCUUGUAUCAUUUCUGUUUCUUGUGACGCUUCGGGCAACAGGUGUAUAACCUGUCAAUAAACCGUGGUAUU